AUGGUUCUUGUUACAAAAAUCACCAAACUGUUGGGUAUUCAACACCCUAUUGUUCAAGGUGGUAUGCAACAUAUCGGCACUGCUGAGCUUGCUUCUGCUGUUUCUAAUGCAGGCGCACUCGCCUACCCCGAAGCACUUGCAAAAGAAAUAAGACGGUGUCGAACCAUGACAGACAACCCCUUUGGUGUCAACCUGACGUUCUUGCCUGCGCUUCGACCACCCCCUUACAAAGAAUACGCACAAGCCAUUAUUGAAGAAGGUGUAGGCAUUGUAGAAACAGCAGGCAAUAACCCUGGUGAGUAUAUCAAGAUGUUCAAGCAAGCUAAUAUGAAAGUGAUCCAUAAAUGUGUGGCUGUACGACAUGCGUUGACUGCCCAAAGAUUGGGCGUGGAUGCUGUUUCAAUGGAUGGAUUUGAAUGUGCGGGACAUCCAGGGGAAGAUGAUAUUACUGCUUUGAUCUUAUUGGCCAAAUCAGCGCGUGUGUUAGAUAUACCGUUUAUUGCUUCAGGAGGUAUUGGUGAUGGACGUGGAUUGGCUGCUGCUUUGGCGUUGGGCGCAGAAGGUGUGAAUAUGGGAUCUAGAUUUAUGUGUACUCAAGAAGCACCUGUUCAUCCUCUCAUUAAACAGAAAAUGGUGGAAGCGGAUGAAAGAUCGACCACGUUGGUCUAUCGACCAUUUAGAAACACAGCACGGAUCUAUAAAAACGAAAUAGCCAUGCAAGUGAAUUUACGUGAAAAAGACCCCAAUGUUAAAUUUGAAGAUAUUGCUGACCUGGUGUCGGGUGUACGUGGUAAACAAGUAUUCAAGACGGGCAUAGACGAUGGUGUAUGGACAGCAGGUCAAGUACUAGGCUUGAUUGAUGAUAUUCCUACUUGUCAAGAACUUGUAGAGCGAAUGGUGAAUGAAGCGCAACAUAUUAUCACUGACAGACUAGUCAGAAUGACCUCAUGAUUUUCCCCCUUCUUGCUUUGUGACCCUUGCAUCAGAAUUAUGCAUAACAAAUAUGUGGGAUUCACACACUAUACGCUAUUAUUUUUUCCUUUUUUUUUUCUCCUCUUUUUUCCUC